CUGAUCGUCAUUUCAACUCCAGUCAUCAUCAGACGCUUUUCAGCGCCCGUGGGCACGGCUGGCUGAAAGACACACCACACAUGCGCCAGUCCUUGCCGGAGCAUAGGCUACAAAGGACCCGAAUACCCCGUGGUCCCAAAUCACCAUCUGUUAGAGCGCAUUCUGCCAUUUCUUCUGCGGAGAAACGGUUUGAAAACUAUUCGGAACUUCCAUGAUGCUUGGAGCAGUUAAAAUGGAAGGACACGAACACACAGACUGGAGCACCUACUACGGAGAGCCCGAGGUGGGUACCUUAAAUAUAUUUUUUCGUCAGCAGCCGAUCCCAUUUUAAACAACUCAAUAUUAGCCCAGAGAUAAUAUUAACUUUGUGAUCAAAUAUUGACUUGAGGCGCCUCCAAAUCCUGCCCCAUCUCUACGCACGGCACUAUCCUAACAAAGGUGUUCUUGACAUGUAGGGGAAACUUUUUACUCAGAUUGUAAUUGCAUAUGUCUACAUUUAUCUUUACAAAAUUAUACACCGUUUUUUCAUGUUACCCAUUGAGCAAACAUUUGUGUUAGCCUGUUUGAUUGGUGAACGAUUGAUUCAAAUAUUUGUGUUGCAGGUACUUUUAGCCUAAUAUUGUCCACAUAUAGCUUAUGCUUAUUACACACUAAAACAAUUUGAUUGAGUUUCUAUUUUGAAGAUGAUUAGCUAAGGUAAGACAUGGCGACAACUCGUUUUCGUUUUUACCAGCUUGAUGUAGGCUAGACAUUACAAUUGGUCACAUCAUCGAGUGAAAUUAUAUUACUGUCAAGAAAUGUUCUUUACCAAAUUUAGCCUUGGAUUUCAACAGAGCACGAAUCUGCACUGGGAUUGCUUGCUUUCACACCAAUUUAUUAUCAUACCGUUUUAAUGAUAGGCCUAAUGAUGAUCAUAUUAUUGUUGAUUGUUAUUAUUAUUGCUGAUAUUAGGCUACUGUUAUUAUGUUAGUAUCAUAGCUAUAUUAAGUAUACUACAAAUCAAUAGGCUGUAGUGUCAACCCUUCCUAAAAACUCAAUACAUAACAGGCUAACAAUCUUUGUUUUCCGUCUUGUUUUCAAGUGUUACACCUCGGUUGGCAACAUGAACACAGGCCUGGGCAUGAACUCAAUGAACACCUACAUGAGCAUGUCGGGCAUGAGCACCACGGCCAACAUGACAGCCAACUCCAUGAACAUGUCGUACGUCAACACAGCUAUGAGCCCCCCCAUGACCGGCAUGUCACCGGGCACCGGAGCCAUGAACGGCAUGGGCACGGGCAUGACAGCCAUGAGCGCCGCGCUCAGCCCCAGCAUGAGCCCCAUGACAGCGCAGCCUCAGUCCAUGAACUCCCUAACCUCCCCCUACGCCAACAUGAACGCAAUGAGCCCCAUGUAUGGACAGUCCAGCAUCAACAGAUCUAGGGAUCCCAAGACAUACCGGAGGAGCUACACUCAUGCCAAGCCCCCAUACUCUUACAUUUCCCUCAUCACUAUGGCUAUCCAACAGUCCCCCAGCAAGAUGCUGACGCUGGCUGAGAUCUAUCAGUGGAUCAUGGACCUUUUCCCGUUCUACCGACAGAACCAGCAACGCUGGCAGAACUCAAUUCGCCACUCUCUAUCGUUCAAUGAUUGUUUCCUCAAAGUGCCUCGAUCCCCAGAUAAGCCCGGUAAGGGCUCGUUUUGGACCCUCCACCCGGAUUCGGGAAACAUGUUCGAGAACGGCUGCUAUCUGAGGAGGCAGAAACGGUUUAAGUGUGCCGGCCAAAAGAAGAUGUGCAAGGAGUCGGGCCGGAAGACAUCAGAAGGCGGCUCCAACAGCAGCUCGGAGAGUUGCAACGGCAACGAGUCCCCCCAUUCCAACCUGUCCCCCAACGACCACAAAAGGUCUCUGUCAGACAUGAAGUCGACCCAGGCUCUGAGUCCGGAGCACGCCACCUCACCGGUGUCCCAUUCCCAGGCACAUGGGCACCUCAUGUCCCAGCAUCACUCGGUCCUCGCACAGGAAGCACACCUGAAACCCGAGCAUCACUACUCGUUCAACCACCCCUUCUCCAUAAACAACCUCAUGUCCUCGGAGCAACAGCAUCAUAAAAUGGAUCUAAAGACUUACGAGCAGGUGAUGCACUAUUCCGGCUACGGUUCCCCCAUGGCCGGGGCGCUAUCCAUGGGUUCAAUGGGCAAAGCGGGCUUAGAUUCCUCGUCAAUGCCCGCUGAUGCAUCUUACUAUCAUGGUGUCUACUCCAGGCCUAUUAUGAACUCUUCAUAAACUUUGACCCCAAACCUCAAACAGACCUUUUUCAGCAUUUUGUACAUUUGUAAAAUUAUAGUUUGUGCAAAUUAUGUAGGCCUAUUCCAGAUAUUUUUGACGUUUCCCACUGAUUUAGUUGUCAAGUUGGUUUAGUAAUUAUUUUGUAAAGGGAUGUUAAUAAUAAUGUGACUAAAUUUGUUUAAAAGGCUGCUUUGAGAAUGGACCAAAAGACAAUUAGCCUACUGUAAAAUACAUCUGUAUACCGGGAAUCUUAAAUGAAUUUAAAUGCAUUGUGGAAGACUGAAGUUCUUCAAUAAUUUGUGUAAUUCUUAUUUAUGACUUGUAAAUGUGUAUUCUUGUAGUUGACAACAAGAACAGAAUCUAUAUUAAAGUGUUAUUUGGAUUUUUUUCUGAACACAAUGGUGUAUUUAAAAAAUAUAUGUAUAGCCUACAACAGGCCUUCUACCCAGCAAUACAAUUA